AUGAGACUGAGAGUUGGCGGACCGCUGGCUGUUGUCGGACGACCAGUUGUGAAAUCGGUUUUGCCUCGAGUUGGCGCCGCGAAAUGGGUUUCGUGUCGUAUGAACUCGACUGCUCCUGCAUCAUAUGAUGAAGAGAAGGGCAUUCUCGACGAACUGGCUAAACAGAAAAUCCAAAGUGAUGAUUUGAAACGACUCCAGGGAAUGAGAAAUAUCGGUAUCUCGGCACAUAUUGAUUCGGGUAAGACCACGUUUACUGAACGUGUUUUGUACUACACAGGCCGGAUCAAGGCCAUUCACGAGGUCCGUGGUCGUGAUAAUGUCGGUGCCAAGAUGGAUUCCAUGGCCUUAGAACGUGAAAAGGGUAUCACUAUUCAAUCGGCAGCCACUUUCUGUGACUGGGAAAAAACCGAGGUCGAUGGAUCACAGUCGAAUUACCAUUUCAAUUUAAUUGAUACUCCUGGUCACAUUGAUUUCACUAUUGAGGUGGAACGUGCUUUGAGAGUGUUGGAUGGUGCUGUUUUGGUUGUUUGUGCCGUGUCGGGUGUUCAAUCGCAAACUAUUACUGUAGACCGUCAAAUGCGUAGAUAUAAUGUUCCUCGCGUCACUUUUGUGAACAAGAUGGAUCGUAUGGGUGCUAAUCCUUGGAAGGCCAUUGAACAGAUCAACAGUAAACUGCGAAUUGCUGCUGCUGCUGUGCAAGUUCCUAUUGGAUCUGAGGAUUCUCUUGCUGGUGUUGUUGACUUGAUUCACGAACGUGCUUUAAUUCACAAGGGUAAACAGGGUGAAACUAUUGAAGUUGGUCCUGUUCCUGAAGAGUUGAAGGAACUGGUUGCUGAAAAGAGAGAAUUGUUGAUUGAGACUCUUGCUGAUGUAGACGAUGAAAUUGCUAAUAUCUAUUUGGAAGAAAAGACUCCUACACCUGAAGAGAUCAUUGCUGGUAUUCGUAGAGCUACUAUUGCUCGUAAGUUCACUCCUGUACUUAUGGGAUCUGCUUUGGCUAAUAGAGGUGUUCAACCUGUUCUCGAUGCUGUGUGUGAUUACUUGCCUAAUCCCAGUCAAGUGUUGAACACCGGUCUUGAUAUCGAGCAAGAGGAGAAACCAGUUCACUUGGCAUCUUCUCAGAACUCGCCUUUUGUUGGUUUGGCUUUCAAGCUGGAAGAGGGUAAAUACGGCCAAUUGACUUAUAUCCGUGUGUAUCAAGGUAAAUUGAAAAAGGGCAUGUACAUCACAAAUGUUCGUACUGGUAAGAAGACAAAGCUUGCUCGUUUGGCUCGUAUGCAUUCCGAUGAGAUGGAAGAUAUUGACGAGGCCGGAGCUGGUGAGAUCUGUGCUACUUUUGGCGUCGACUGUUCUUCUGGAGACACCUUUUCCGACGGUAAUAGUAAAAUCACCAUGACCUCGAUGUACGUUCCCGAUCCUGUUAUUUCGCUUUCCAUCACCCCUAAGAGCAAAGAUUCGCCCAACUUUUCUAAAGCCAUCAACCGUUUCCAAAAGGAAGAUCCUACAUUCACUGUCAAGUUCGACGGUGAGUCGAAAGAGACUAUUAUUUCUGGAAUGGGUGAACUUCACUUGGAAAUCUAUGUUGAGAGAAUGAAGCGUGAAUACGGUGUUGAGUGUGUCACUGGUAAGCCCCAAGUCGCGUACCGUGAGACCGUCACACUUCCUGCUACUUUUGACUUUACACAUAAGAAGCAAUCUGGUGGUGCUGGUCAAUAUGCCAAGGUCAUGGGAGAGUUAUCUGCUACUAACAACGAGUCCAACGAUUUCAGCACCGCUAUUGUAGGAGGUAAGAUUCCCGAGAAGUUCCUGUUUGCGUGUCAAAAGGGAUUUGAGGACGCUGUUGAGAAGGGACCUCUUAUCGGCCACAAGGUGCUUGGUGUGAAGAUGCUCAUCAACGAUGGUGCUGUUCACGUUGUGGAUUCCAGUGAAAUGGCUUUCAGAACCGCCACCAUGGGUGCCUUUAAAGACGCAUUCAUGAAGGGUCAACCGACCAUUCUCGAGCCCAUUAUGGAUGUAUCCAUCACCGCACCCUCAGAGUUCCAAAGCAACAUCAUCGGCCUGCUGAACAAGCGAAUGGCCAUGAUCAACGACACCGAAAUCGGUACCGACGAGUUCACCAUCUCGGCCGAAUGUUCGCUCAACUCCAUGUUUGGCUUCGCGACCCACCUCCGAGCUGCCACCCAAGGCAAGGGCGAGUUCUCACUCGAGUUCAAGCACUACGCCCCCGCACCCAUUCCUCUCCAAAAAGAGCUAAUAGCCGAGUACGAGAAAAAACAGAAGGAAAAGGACAAGAAAUAG